AAUAAUGUCAGUAACUACUUGUAGUCCACGGACUGCUCGGUGGUGUUGUCGCGGAAUGGCGUCAAGCUUUCCCAUCCAGAUACGCUGAAGCCUCUGAUUCGUCCAUUUCCGCCCCAGUCAUCCAGUUCAAACUUCCUCACUUUUUGCGGCCAGCGCAACCCGCAGCAAACCAAUCCAUAAUCCAUACCAACUUUUACCCCAAACCCAUUUCCCUUUCCCUUCCGCCCAUACGAUAGCCGCUCGCCACUCCCGGGCAAGAUGGCUCCCUCUCAGCCUGCCCACGUCAACCUGUCGCCGGCCGAGCUGUCGUUCCUGCGCUCAACCCUGUCACAGAAUCCGCCUAUUCGUCUCGACCAUACCAAGGGACCCAAGGAUUUUCGUUCUAUGAGAGCCGAGUAUGACGUACUUCCAGGUGCCAACGGCAGCGCGCGCAUUGCGUUGGAGGAUGGGACCGAAGCAUUGGUCGGUGUGAAGGCAGAGGUUGAGAAAUCACAAUUGAAGCCUGUGGAAAGACUGGAGAUUCUCUCCUUUGCUGGCGGCGACGUGGACAUGGACAUGGACAUGGACGGCGCAGGGAAUGAUGACGAGAGCAGUGGGAAGGGACAAAACUCAUGGAUCGAAAUGAGCGUUGAGAUUCCAGGUUAUCGCGACGACGACUCGCUACCUGUAUUUCUAGCUUCCAUGCUCACUGAAUCUUUACUAGCUAGUGGAGAGCUCAAAGACAGACUUUACAUCAACCGACGAUUCCACUGGAAACUUUACGUUGACAUUCUCCUCCUCUCCCCACCGCUAUCAUACCCUCUCGCCCUUCUUUCCAUGACCACCCAUCUAGCCCUCCUCACCACAAGACUCCCCGCCUUGAAAUCUGAGAAGGAUGAAGACCCUCUUUUUGACGACGACUGGGACGCAUCCGUCAACCUCUACCCCAAGCAGAAAGGCAAGAAAAAGACUGGCCAGUCUCUGGAGAGGCCACCCGUCAUUGUCCUUGCCAUGGCUGUUGGAUCAAACAUCAUCUUCGACCCAUGCAAGGAGGAAUUGGCCGUUGCGGACGCUGUGCUGGCAAUAGCAUGUGCUAAAGGCAAAUCUUCAUCUUCAGGUGCCAGGCUCGUGUCUCUCAGGACAAUCGAUCCCCCAUCCCAUCUCACACCGCCUGGUGUUCCCAAUUCUAUGAAUUCUGCCACUGGUGGCGUGGCUCCAACUACGAGCGCUGAGGCUCUAACUCAACGCGAAUUACUGGCUACCUCCGGCGUCUGGACACCCCCAAGAGGUGGCAUGAAGCGAGGGUUGAUCUCUGAGGUUGUCAAAAUGGUCGUCCAGAGCGGCGGAAUUGCUGACGAGGUCAUCGAUGCGCUGGAAGCCAUUGAGGUUGGAUGAAAGGUGACCAGCAAAAGGACAUGAGAAUUACCACCAUUGAAUCGGGUUGCGGUAGCAAACUUGUUGGUACAAUCGAUAGAGGAGUAAUAUCCCUCCCGCACCUCUGUCCCACCGACAAACACCAUGCGGCCAACAACAUAUUGGAAGCUCUCCGUAGCGGGUGCAUCCGACGGCCCAUAGUACGCGAUGCACGUAGCCUUUCACCCGUGGGUAGCUAGUAUAUCACCCGGACUACCCGACCACAGACCAAAGCAAAGCACUAUUGUACGUUUGGGACGAACACUUAGAUAUGCAGCUGUGGAACCAUAUCCACACACCGAAGAAUCACAACUUUUUCAUCAAAC